AUGAGAUUCUUCGCCACUUAUACCGUCUUUGUUCCUCUCGCCAUCGCCCACCGGCGCUAUGAAGCACUCCAGGCGGCACCAGGCGAUCUGAUGCCACGAUUCUUUAUCGACCGCUCCUUUCCUCUGGCCAAGCGUGCUGGAGACUGUGGUUCAGACAACCAUAACUGCCUCGAAGUUGGCUUCCCUGAUGACUGUUGCGACAACGACUCUUACUGCUACAUCAACGAAAAAGGUGACCCGAAAUGUUGUCCUAUAGGUUCAAAUUGCUCGUCCGACUCACCGUGCAACUCAACCGCUUAUUUCUGCACUCGUAAUGCCACUGAGAGUGGAACUACUACUGAGAAAAAGGGCUGCUGCGUUCGCAAGUGUCCUAGUACGAGCCUCUAUCUCUGUCCCAGCAACCUCGGCGGGAACUGCUGUGGCUAUAACUCUGAAUGUCGCACUGGUGGUGCUUGCGUCUCAACAAAACCUGCCUCGAGAACCGAUCUACUCUCUCCUAUACCUUCAGGAUGCACAACGUCCCAGCAUAGUUGCACAAUCGGAGAGGGAUGUUGCGACAACGACCAAGUAUGCACGCAAGUCAGUGGCGAAGGAUACUGUGCCCAAGCUGCACCCACAGAAAGCGAUACCACAGUCGUCGACGACGAUGAUGGUGAUAACAAGUUGACAGACGGUGCAAAAGCGGGUAUUGGUGUCGGCGUCGUUGUAGGAGCGAGCCUCAUUAUAGGCAGCUUUACUUGGAUGUGUCUGCGAAAGCGAAGACGUCAGCGAAGUGCGGCAGGACUCUCUGCACCCGGGCACGCCAACGAACCUUCUCGUGAUGGCAUGACAGAUAUAUCAGGCAGCCAUAUCCGAUCAGGUCCGACUCAGGACUACUUUGGACCAGAUCCUGCAGCAGGACCAUACACAGAGCAGGCCAGUUCACGGGUUACUUCACCUGGCAGAGACGCUGCAGUGCCCAUGCACGCACAAAGCCCGGGUGAUAUCGCGGCGCCAGUCGAAAUCGAUUCAACAACGAGAGACGGCAGUGAUCUAUUAUCACCCAUGUCCAGCCCGGGUACAGUGUACCAAACACCUCUAUCAGAAACAAUAGACGGUCGAUUCGAGUUGUACGGUAACGAUUCAGCGGUAACCCCUGAUCGUCCGCUAUCCAUCGUUCCGACACCACCGCAAAGCAUAAUGGGGGAAAGACGCCCACGGCAGGAGUAA